UUCACUUUUAUCAACACAGUGUAGCCAACAGUCAAACUUUUAACCUAACCUAUACCAUUUUACCAACCUAUACAUAUAAAAUACUUUUGAUUGAACUGUCAUAUAUAUAUUUGGUAUAUAUUGAAUGAUUCUAUCAAUAGGUUAUAUGUACGCAUCUUUUUUAGCACAUGUAUCAAACAACUUUGAGGUUAUAGGUUAGGUUUAUAGGUUAUGACUUUAACAUUUCAAUUUGAAUAAAAGAGUAUAAUUUGAAAAAAAAAAGAAAUGGAAGUUAAAGUCAAUGAUGUAGUUAUGCCAGGUGAUAUUGUUAAAGAUAUUAAAAGUGAUACAAAAGAAAAAAUAGUAUUGGGACCAGGACUACGACGUGAAGCUGAUACUAUUUACAUUUGUAAAGCUGGUACUUUAAAAAAACGUGCUCCUGCCAUUUAUUAUGUAGACAAUUAUCAAAAACGUUAUGUACCUAAUCGAAGAGAAAUGGUUAUCGGUAUUGUUACCCAAAAAGUAGGAGACAUAUAUAAAGUAGAUAUAGGUUCUAAAGAAAGUGCAUCUCUAUCCUAUUUGGCUUUCGAAGGUGCUACCAAGAAAAACCGUCCAGAUAUACAAAUUGGAGAUGCUGUGUUUGCUAAAUUACUCGUAGCUAUUAAAGAUAUGGAACCAGAACUUGUAUGCGUUGAUUCAGAAGGAAAAGAAAAAAAGUUAGGUGUAUUGAGUUCUGAUGGUAUGAUAUUUAACUGUUCCUUAAAUCUCGUAAGGAAAUUGCUCAAUCCAGAUUGUAUGUUACUUAAAUUUCUUGGUAAAAGUCAACCGUACGAAGUUGCCAUUGGUAUGAAUGGUAGAAUAUGGGUUAAAACUAAAUCAAUCCAUCAAACCAUUGCUAUCGCUAAUGCUAUUUUAGUGGCUGAAUAUACGCCCAUUAAUAAGAUGCGACAAUUAUGCAAAUCUAUUGAAAAAACAUUACUUACGUAGGAUUACAUUUAAAUAAUUAUCACAUGAUUAAAUAAAUAUAACGUCUAAGUACACAAUAAUUAUGAAUGAUUAUUUAUUGUAUAAUUGUUUAUGAUUUUUAUAAAUAAAGUAGCAUGACUUUUAUAGUGAUUAUAAAUGACAACCAUCAUCACAAAAUGUUUAAUGGAAACUACAAAUAGUUGAUGUAAUUCCAAGUUAAAAUACAUUAUAUUCGUAUAUUUAAAUAUAUAUAUAUAUAUACAUAUAUAUAUAUUUA